UGAAAAAAAUUGCUUUGGGUGGCAAGUGGCAGUGGCGAGUGUCGUAGCCGCAAGCAGAGGUUGCAAAGUGCAAAACCCUUACUUACUAGAGAAGCAGACGAAGAUGGUGAGUCAGAGGCAGCGACUUGCACGGAAGCGCUUCAAAGAGGAGCACCCUGAGCUUUUUCCCAAGCCCGAGCCCACGCCUCCCAAGGACCCUGACAAAAAGAAGAAGAAGAAGAAGAAGAGCAACACAUUUAAGAGCAGCUCCAUAAAACGUAGAAGCGAUGGCUCCGAAGAACUCGGCGUCUCUAAGAAGCCUUUCAAGAGCAAUUACCGAAAGCACCCUCUCAGAGUCCCCGGCAUGAAGCCCGGUGACACCUGCUUCAUCUGCAAGGCCGCCGACCAUAUUGCCAAGUCUUGUCCUCAAAAAGCUGAAUGGGAGAAGAAUAAGAUAUGCUUGCGGUGUCGACGGCGUGGUCACCGAGCUAAGAAUUGCCCUGAAGUUCAAGUUGGUGCCAAUUAUGACAAGUAUUGUUACAAUUGUGGAGAAACUGGUCAUUCACUUGCAAAUUGUCCCCACCCUGUUCAAGAAGGAGGGACAAAGUUUGCAGAGUGCUUUGUCUGUAAACAGCAAGGACACUUGAGUAAAAACUGCCCUCAAAAUGCUCAUGGCAUCUAUCCUAAGGGUGGUUGUUGUAAAAUAUGUGGUGGCGUGACACAUUUGGCAAGGGAUUGUCCCGACAAAGGGAAGAAAGCUCCUUUUGCUGCUAAUGGGCCUGCUGAUGGAUCAAUGAGACUGAGAAAUGAACAGAGGCCUUGUGGAACGGUAACCAAAUUUGCGAGUGGGGAUGACAUUGAGGAUGACUUCAUGACAGAUGACAUAAAUAACAGAGACAAGGACAAGUCCUCUAAGUCCAAAGACGGUCAAGCAAAACCAAAGAAGGGUCCUAAAGUUGUGAACUUCAGCUAAUGACCGUUAUGGUUAUGCUUUCAUUUGAUAUUUGGAUAUGGGCUGUCUCCAUUAUACCAGUUUUUCUUAUUCUAUGGCUAACCGCCAGAUACAAGGCCCCUCCUACUACUAUUCGUUGCAGUCUGCAGACUCACUUCCAGGAUGAGCAUUAAAAGCUUCUGCAAGUUUGAAGUUGCCUAAAAGUUUGGAGAAGAAGUUACAACAUAACUGAAGUACCAUUUCAUAUUUUUGAUCGUUAAUCUUAGCAGAGUUAUGAAAAGGGAAACAAAAUGUAACCAUAGUUGUUCUUUUUUUGCUACAAUCACUAGAUUACUGUCGUUAUUUGUAUUUUGUUUAUUUUUUUAAGGGUUGAAAUUUGUUGCAUCA